CAGAACGGGAUGGAGAACAAAGCCAUGUACCUGCACACCGUGAGCGACCGUGACGCCGGCUCCAUCUUUGAAGAGCCUUUUGAUGGCAGGAGCCUGUCCAAGCUGAACCUGUGUGAGGAUGGUCCGUGCCAGAAACGCCGGGUGGGGGGCUGCUGCACCCAGCUGGGCUCCCUGUCAGCCCUGAAGCAUGCUGUCCUUGGGCUCUACCUGCUGGUCUUCUUGAUUCUCGUGGGCAUCUUCAUUUUAGCAGUGUCCAAGCCCCGGAGCUCGCCCGAAGACCUGAAGGCGCUGACUCGAAACGUGAACCGGCUGAACGAGAGCUUCCGGGACUUGCAGCUGCGGCUGCUGCAGGCUCCGCUGCAGGCGGACCUGACAGAGCAGGUGUGGAAGGUGCAGGACGCGCUGCAGAACCAGUCGGACUCGCUGCUGGCGCUGGCAGGCGCGGUGCAGCGGCUGGAGGGUGCGCUGUGGGGGCUGCAGGCGCAGGCGGCGCAGACAGAGCAGGCGGUGGCCCUGCUGCGCGACCGCACCAGCCUGCAGAGCGAUGCAGUGCAGCUAGAGCUCUACCAGCUGCAGGUGGAGAGCAACCGCAGUCAGCUGCUGCUGCGGCGCCAUGCCGGCCUUCUCGACGGGCUAGCGCGCAGGGUGGACGUGCUGGGCGAGGAGCUGGCGGACGUGGGCGGCGCCCUGCGCGGCCUCAACUACAGCCUGUCCUACGACGUGGCCCUCCACAGCACGCGGCUGCAGGACCUGCAGGUGCUGGUGACCAACGCCAGCGAGGACACACGCCGCAUGCGCCUGGUGCACAUGGGCAUGGAGCUGCAGCUCAAGCAGGAGCUGGCCAUGCUCAACACCAUCACGGAGGACCUGCGCCUCAAGGACUGGGAGCACUCCAUCGCUCUGAGGAACAUCUCCCUCGCCAAAGGACCACCGGGCCCCAAAGGUGAUCAGGGUGAUGAAGGGAAGGAAGGCGAGCCUGGAAGCCCUGGAUUACCUGGACUUCGAGGUCUUCCAGGGGAGAGAGGAACCCCAGGACUGCCCGGCCCCAAGGGCGAUGAUGGGAAGCCGGGAGCCACAGGAACAAUGGGCAUGCGUGGCUUCAAAGGUGACCGAGGCCCAAAAGGAGAGAAAGGAGAGAAAGGAGACAGAGCAGGAGAUUCCAGUGGCUUGGAGGCGGUGAUGAUCCGGCUGGUGAACGGCUCGGGCCCACACGAGGGCCGCGUGGAGGUGUACCAUGACCGGCGCUGGGGCACGGUGUGCGACGACAGCUGGGACAAGAAGGACGGGGACGUGGUGUGCCGUAUGCUGGGCUUCCGUGGCGCACAGGAAGUGGCCCGGACAGCUAGAUUCGGGCAAGGCACAGGGAGGAUUUGGAUGGAUGACGUCGCCUGCAAAGGCACAGAGGAUACGAUCUUCCGCUGCAAAUUCUCCAAAUGGGGGGUGACAAACUGCGGACAUGCUGAGGAUGCUGGGGUGACGUGCACCAGGCACUGAAAAUGAGCACAGCCAAGGUCCAGGCCCUACUGCCUAGCCUCUUUCCUGCAUUUCUGGGGCAGGGGAAUUGCCUGGGGCUCCCCUGACCACACCUGUUCCCUGCCCAGUCCA